AUGGGUCUUAGGGAAGAGAUACUCGCCCGACUCACCUUGAGCCACGUGGUUCUAGGUCUUGUGGCGUAUGUUUUGCUCAAAUUCGUGUAUCAGAUUGUCUACUAUCACUUUUUCCACCCGCUGUCUGUCUUCCCCGGGCCCUUCUGGGGAGGAGUGACCAGGCUUUGGAUCGCAUGGCACAACCUUCGCGAGACUGAGUUGCCAACCGUGUAUGCUCUGACGAAGAAAUAUGCGACCCGACCAAACUGCCGGACAUCUACCAUCGCAACGCCGACAAGACAGGACACUACAUCACCGGAAGUUUUGGCGAGACGGAGUCACUGUUCAACAUGCGAUCGCAUAAGACGCACGCAGCUUUUCGAAAGCACCUGGCGGGACCUUCCGCAGUACAGUUUUACCAACGUGAAGAAGAUGGAGCCUUUGGUGGACAUUCGCAUUCAACACUGGAUCGACAAGCUCAACGAGAAAUUCGCUCAGACAGGGGAGAUUUUCGAUUUCUCAUGGUGGGCCGUCUACAUGGCGUACGACAUCAUCAGCGAGAUCGGCUUUGGCGCCCCCUUUGGCUUCGUCGAGCAGGGCCAGGAUGUCGGCGGGCUCAUUCAGGGUUUCCACGAUGGUCUGCCGGCGUUCGGUCUCCUUGCUCGUCUGCACCCCUUCACCAGCUGGAUGAAGACCACCUUCAUGAAGAAGUACCUCGUCGCCACUCCCCAGGACGAUUCGGGAAUCGGCGUCCUCAUGCGUUUCCGCGACCGCCUGAUCGACCAACGGUUCCGCGAGCUCGAAACGAAGAAGGAUAUCGGUCGCAUCGACCUCCUGCAGACCUUUAUCGAGGCGCGCACCGAGGAUGGGUCCCCGUUGGACAUGGAGUAUCUCAAAGCGGAGGUGCUGCUGGUGCUGCUUGCGGGCGCCGACACGACCGGUACCGUCUUUCAGGCCCUGGUGCACUUUCUGCUGACCCAUCGCGACGCAUACCGGCGUCUGAUGGAGGAGAUUGACGCGGCAACGGCCCAGGGAUUGAUCUCGGACCCUGUCCCGCAGUACGACGAAAUCGUGGAGCAUCUUCCGUACUAUGUGGCAUGUGUUCGGGAGACGCUGCGGCUCAACCCCCCGGCUCCAAACAUCUUCCCCCGGUAUGUCUCCGAGCCUGGGAUGGAUCUAUAUGGCAAGUUCGCGCCAGCUGGGACCGAGAUCUCGGGCAAUCCAUGGAUUAUGCAGCGAGACAAGAAGUUGUAUGGAGAGGACGCGGAGGAGUUCAAGCCCGAGCGUUGGCUCGAUGCCGAACGGGCCAAGCGGUACAACAAGUAUAGCUUCACAUUUGGGUACGGAGCGCGAGUGUGUCUGGGGAGGGAUAUUGCCAUGAUGGAGCUGUACAAAGGGCCAUUGCAGUUCUUCCGCCGAUACCAUGUCCAGACCGUGACCGACAAACCAAAGGCUCGAUUCGUGAUCAAAGGAGGAGUCGGUUUCUAUCGCGAUGUAUGGGUGACAAUCGACCGUCGCCUGCCACAAAAGGCAUAA